AUGGUGCGUGCGUUAGAGCUAUGGCUGAGGUCUCCGAUUUGUCUGAUUUCCUCCUGUAGCGUUCUCAAACAGUGCAAAGAUGUGGAGCUCUCCUUCAGUGAUGUGACGGGCAAGCCUGAUGCCUUCAAAGGCACCAAGAAAGGAAUGCUGUACCUCACCCCUUACAGGAUGAUCUUUGUGUCGAAGGGCAAGGAUCCCAUGCUGUCCUUCAUGAUGCCAUUUUAUUUGGUGAAAGGAUGCUCUAUUGAGCAGCCUGUUUUCUCUGCCAAUUACAUCAAAGGACAGAUUCAGGCUGAGGCAGGAGGUGGCUGGGAAGGGCAGGGGACGUUUAAACUGACUUUCAACAGCGGAGGAGCCAUUGAGUUUGGACAGUUGAUGUUCAAAGCUGCUUCCAGUGCUUCCAGUGGAGUCCCUCUCCAGAACCCUGGCUACGGCUAUACACCUGUGCCUGGAGGGUAUGCACCCACCCCGCCUGCUCCAGGGGGUUAUUUGCCUGCACCUGGGGGCUAUGCUCCUCCACCAGCAAAUGGACCGUAUCCUUACAUGCCACCACCAGUGAACGCCUAUGGACCAGCUCCACAGCCCAUGGGAUAUCCAUAUGCUCAGCCUCCAGGUAUUUACCCACCACUUCCGAACAUGAACCCUGUGUAUGUGCCACCUCCUCCCCCAUACUCUGGGCCUUCUCCUGCAGGACCUUCGGCCCCCUCAGCUCCCACAGCCUGGGUGGACCCAGGGAUGCCAGGUGGCGGUAAGGCCACGGAAGCUACUUCCAGUGCGUAUUACAACCCUGCCAAUCCGCACAACGUGUACAUGCCUAUGGAUCAGCCACCUCCUUAUACACCUCCCGAGGAUAAAAAGAACAACUAACAGAACCAGCCUCCCACGCUCUCGCUCCCUGAAGACAAUUUGGCUGUCACUACCCCUUGGGUUAGCAUAUCUCUAGGUAUCUUUGUGUAUAUGCAAUGUAUGUAGUGUUGGACCGCUGAGCACCUGCCCUCCUUAAACAUUCAGUCAGUGGUAAUACAAGGCAGAGCAGCAGCACUUUCCUGCUUAUUUGCUUCAUCUCAUGGGGUCAAAGCACUAACCUUUUGCUCUGCCCUUGGCUUGAGGGCAGAGAUGGAUUUCUUCUUAAACGAGCCAACCACAUCACUAAUCUAGGAGUAAAAUACGAAGGCUUUGGGAUCUUGGAGUAGAACUACUUGGAGUGGCAACCUUUUGACUUCUUCAAGCACCAGCCAAGAGGAAAGGUGUAGGCAGCCAUGAAGUUCCUCGCAUAGAUCCUUGGGAGACCCAGAAAGCUGUUAAAUUUCCUUAAAUUCUGGCACAGUUCAGUGUGAGAUGUGAGUCUGGAAAUCCUGUGUUGUGCUGGAAGCAUGUGUUUCAUGUCCUGGACUGAUAGUCAUGGGGUGACAAACUCGAGAAACGCAUCCUGAGAGUCACUUAAUCAUUUGGUAGUGUAAGUGGGAAGGAGAUGGGCCCCAAUGCACAGAGGCCAAACCCAACAGCUCAGCCGUAGGCACUACAAAGCGCUCUGGAUAGAUCAUCCUACUGCGUUCCUGACGGCAAGAGGAGCUUCUGGGCACACACAUGCCUGCUUUGAACGCAGCAAAACCCUCUGCUAGUAUUUCUCCAUCUCUUUUCUUCGUUCACCUCGCAAAACGGGGUGAAAUGCUGCACUCACUGGUGUCUGGAGAGCCAGCACUGACUGUUGUCUCUGCUCCUUCCCCUCUGUUGUGAGAUGCACCUCUGUAUUUCCAGUGAAUCUUCGAGGACGUGAUGAGUUUGCCGGCAGGUCUCUUGCAUGCCACAAAGCCAGGCUGUAUAGUCACCUGACGCUGACAGCAGAGGAGCUGUGUAAGAAAUGUAACUGGAAACAAGCAGUGACUUCCUAAAAUCAGCCUCCCUUUUUAGCUGUAGACGAGAAAAGCAGACAGGAAGUGGGGCUGCAGGGCUGUGAGCUAAUAGCUUGGCAGGUGUGGGUAUCAGUCUUCCUUUUGGUCUUCUAUGAUCAGGUCCUGAGUCUGUGCAAUGAUCCUGUGUCAAGUAGCUGUUCUUCAAGCGUAACAGAGCCAAGUGCUGAGCUGGAGGCUGCUUGCCUUGGAGCAAAAUAUGUUACUCUAGGAAGAUAACCUGGCACUAGCCUUGUCAGGAGACAGGUCCAGCAGCCCUGGCUCCCUCUGCUGAGCAAGUUCAUGCAGGGUGCAAGCCUGACAAGGGAAAAUUGGGCUUCAUCUCUCUUGCUUGGGCUGCUAAAGCCAUGCUGUGUAUGCCUGAGCAGCGUGGGAAGAGCAGGCUCUAAUACUGGGCUUUGGUUGCUUAGGGGUGCAGCGCCCUCUGAACUGGGAACUACUCUCUCUGGUGUGGAUGUUACUAAUGCUCAGCUCUGUUGCAGGGAAUGCGGCUGCUCAGCCGCAACCUUUCCUUCUUAGGAGACGCUGCCAUUAAACCUGCUCUGAAGAGAGUGUCACUAUGUAUGAUGGAGACCAGUGUGGCCCUUCAUAUAUGGGAUGAUCAUACUUCCCUGCGGUCUUCCUACCUUCUCGGUGAAGGAGAAGGAGCGUUUUCUCUCUCACUUCCCUGUGUGCCAGGGCUCUCCUUUAAGUGAGGCUUGCACAACAUGUAAGAGUGAAUUCUUGAAGCAGCCUGGCAUAGGGGGAAGUAAACUUCCUUUUCUAGAACAACAACAACAAAAAACCUUUUAAAUCAGAGUUAGAGAUGUUGUGAUGAUUCUCUGAAACUAAAAAAUUCAGCCAUGAAUGUUUGUAACUUUUGCAUUGCACUUUAAUACAGAAGUGUUGAUACCUUUA